CGAGAGGGGAAACAUAAGAGACUGAAGAUUUAAAGGAGAAUCCAUAAUAAGUUUGCUCUCAUCCAUUUCUAGUAUAACGAGGUUUUAUGUUUGUCCUCUCGGCAUUUAUUUUAUGCUGAUUAUAUUACUUAUAAUCAGCCAGGUUAUAUUUUAAAGGGGUUGGGGAGGGGGGUCAACAUGUCGAUCCAGUACGAGGCACCGCUGGCGGACAGCUACGGGGUGGCGGACUCGUUUCCCAAAGAUUUUGGAUAUGGAGAAGAGGAGGGAGACAUUGAAGACAGUCCUAGUCCCUCUGACAGCAAACCGAGGAUUCUUCUGAUGGGAUUAAGGAGGAGCGGAAAGUCAUCUAUCCAAAAGGUGGUGUUUCAUAAGAUGUCCCCCAAUGAGACCCUCUUUUUGGAGAGCACCAACAAGAUAUACAAAGAUGACAUCUCCAGCAGUUCCUUUGUCAACUUCCAGAUCUGGGACUUUCCUGGACAAGUGGAUUUUUUUGAUCCUACCUUUGACUACGAGAUGAUUUUCAGAGGAACUGGGGCCUUGAUAUUUGUCAUCGAUGCACAGGAUGACUACAUGGAGGCCCUUGGUCGACUCCACUUAACAGUAUCACGGGCCUACAGAGUCAACCCAGAGAUCAACUUUGAAGUGUUCAUCCAUAAAGUAGACGGCCUGUCUGAUGACCAUAAGAUUGAGACCCAGAGGGAUAUACACCAGAGGGCUAAUGAUGACCUGGCAGAUGCCAGUUUAGAGAAACUUCAUCUCAGUUUCUACUUGACCAGUAUAUAUGAUCACUCCAUCUUCGAGGCCUUCAGUAAAGUUGUCCAGAAGCUCAUCCCUCAGCUUCCCACACUGGAGAACCUUCUCAACAUCUUUAUAUCUAAUUCAGGGAUUGAGAAGGCCUUUCUGUUUGACGUCGUCAGUAAGAUUUACAUCGCCACUGACAGUUCACCGGUGGACAUGCAGUCCUACGAGCUCUGCUGCGACAUGAUUGAUGUGGUCAUCGACGUCUCCUGUAUUUACGGAUUAAAGGAGGAUGGCAGUGGCAGUGCAUAUGAUAAGGAGUCUAUGGCCAUCAUCAAACUCAACAACACCACAGUGCUGUACCUGAAAGAGGUCACCAGGUUCCUCGCUCUGGUCUGCAUCCUGAGAGAAGAGAGCUUUGAGCGUAAAGGAUUGAUAGACUACAAUUUCCACUGUUUCCGGAAAGCCAUUCAUGAAGUGUUCGAAGUGGGUGUUUCCACUUCAAGGACAAGCAGUCAGCCAACUGGCACCCCUCUCAUGAAGACUGUUGCCUUAAACGGAACCCCCAGGAGCACUGUGUAGAUAGAUGGCAAUGAAGACAAUGAUAAAAAGUGCGGAGAUGAUGGAAAAGGUAAUAAGAAGUCAAGAUGGGCUGCAUUCUGAGCAUGCUGACCAUUGCUGCUCCCAAAAGCUUUAUAAACAGAAGCAAAAGAGUUUAAAAGAGUCAUUAAAAUAAACUUGCUGCAGUGGGUGGGGCAGAAAUGUAACAUGGGUUAGCUUGCAAAGCUAAGCUACAGAUGGAUGGAAGGAAGGGAAGAGGCACAAAAGAAGGUGGAACACUUUUUUUUGUGACUAAAAGGCAUUAACAAACGGUUCCUCAGGAGAACAAGUAACAAAGUGCAAGUCACUGAGGAAAAAAACAAAAGCACAUCAAGAAACCUCUCACCCCGUCAGGCCAAAGUGUCUGACAACUUGGAUGAAUGCUGUAUGAUAUGCUGCUGGUCACUUAACACAGUAGCCAAGUUUAAAUACAACCCUGGUUUACUCCUCAACACGUGAAUGUUGCAGACUUCUGUGAAACUUUGUGGUGCACAAAAUGUACGAGUAUACUUCUGAAGCCUUAUGUAGAGUUUGCCUGUCUGAUACAAGCCCCUCGUGCACAUAUGCACACUCGGUCACCUAAACAACCCAUGUAUUUCGUAUGAAAGGUUACUAAAGGGAUUGCAAUGUAGAUUUUGUCUUGUGAGUGUGUAUGUGUGUGUGUGUGCGCGCGUACAUGUAAAUGUAUGUAUUCAGUGGAGAGGGUGGGUGGGUGUGUGUUGCAUAUGCACUGGUUCAGGGCCCAAAGUUAUCACACAUGGGAGAGCGUUUGAGACUCCGAAGACUGAGGAAAAAGUUGUACCGUUCCAUUUGACCUCUUGGACACUGUGAUUGCACUUACCUUAGAAGAUGUCAGGGAUCCUAACUAACAAAAUUCAAACUGGUAUGCUGUACUGUUACUCUCCCAGUUACGUUAUGGCAUCCUUGGCAUGUAGCUCAUGCAAUCUGAGGACAUUGUAGGACGAACCUUAAUAUCUUUCAUUACGGUUCUGAGGUGCCAAUGCAGUUGUGCUCACAUUUAUAACUCACUAAUCUUUGCUUUCACUCUUCUGAUCACCAAUCACCAUGAUGAUUUUGAGUCGGAGAAAAUCUGCUGUAAAUUUAAGAUAUUAAGGAACGCCGAAGUGACAGGACAUUUGAAUCAGUUAAAUCCAUUCCAAGCAUAUCCGUAGAGAUGCUUCACAUUAUCUUGCAAUCAGCUCUGUCAUUUAUAAUUUAAUGGAAACUGAAUGAAAUCUGAAGAACACAAACCAAUUGAUCUUUAAGCCUUCUUGUGAUUCUUGUUUUUAAGACUACAUACAGGACACAAAUUAUGCCUGUCUUGCGUUUUGCCAAAGGUGUUAUCAUUCACAAAUAAAAACAUGUACACACCGGAAACAG